AUGUCAGUUAACAACUUUCGCUACCCGGGUUUCCCGGUGGAGGGUAGUCCUAUCCCCUCCUCGGCGACGUGCUGGCCCCUCAACCUUCUGGGUGGAUACGCCAACAAGCGGCGGCAUAUUAGUGCCCACGGCUCGGCGAAUGGACGGAACAACACUGGGUUGGUGUUAUCCUUGGGACGAAGGUUGGGCUACCGGAGCACCGACUUCGUAAUGUCCACAACCGGUAACAUGCCCGUCGUCUCUUCUGGCCUCGCCAGCAAUGGUCUCUGA